AACACAGCUGAAAAGGAAAAAGACACUUCGUCGUUUUCUGUGACGAACGGAUAUAAACCACGACUCCGGUAGUUGUAAAUUGUGUUUACACCGGAAGUUGGGGAAUGCUUCCUUGGCAACCAACGAGUCCUUGACGACCACUGGAGGAAACGAGCAGAAAAAUGGCGAAGACAAUCGGUGCCAAAAAAUCGCUGUGGCAACAAGUAUGUGAAGAGUAUGAAGCUGAGCAGCCCAGUCCUCCCAGUGCUGUGUGGACAGACAGCAGCUCAGUGAGCACCCAGUUCUCCCAGUACAGCGCUUGUACACACUCCCCAGUCUUUUACGGACUCACCACAGCAAAGGUGUCUGUGGAUGAUGAUCCCCUGAGAGACUUUGACUCGUCUCUAUUCCACCCUGCUCUGGCUGGCUACUCUGUGUUAGGAAAACCCCCUCCACCAUCAGGUCAGAAGAGCCCAUCAGCAGCUGAGAGUACAUCACCUCCACAACUCCAUGAACAUCCUGUCACACAUUUUAUGGAGAAGAGAGUAUUUCCAGUGUUGUUGCCUGGACUGGAGGCUUUGCUGAGAGAAGCUCAGAAACAGAACUGUUUCCAGAGGAAAAUAACAGCAUUCAACCCGUGUGACUUCCUAACUGAGUGGCUGUACAACCAUAACCCCCACAGGCGUGGACAGGUCCCUGUGAAGUUCUGUGACAUCCCCUUUGUCAAGGACCAGCUCAGCAUACAUCCCAGGCGUCCCAUCCCUCUGUUUCUACUGCUGAGUGAGGAUCAGGCUGCUCUGCUCAUCCAGGCUUUCUGGAGGGGAUACAAGAUCAGAGCACGCCCAGAUGUGCAGGAGCUGCGCCAGUGGCAGAAAGAACUGAGAGAGAACCACGACAUUGCCAAAACUGUUGAGCGAUUCUGGGCCCAACAAGAGAGCAGAGUCAGCUCAGCUAUGACAGAUCUUCUGGAAAGCCCCCAGCCCGGUAACUCUGAUGUGUCCAUCCAAGUGGUUUCCCCCACCCCCCAGAGCACCGUGGUCCACACCCCCACUGCCCAGAUGACCUCUGAAGCUGGUGAGUGGCUGACCCCUAGCCUGUGCAGUGUGGAGGGAACGGCCUCUGCAUCACCGCUGAAUAAUUUCCUGGCCAUGGCCGAGCCCAGUGACAAAUCCCUGAUUGCAGUGUCUCCGUCCUUAGUGGGAACUCACAACCUGAGCUAGGCUGAUGGUACCGUUAACUGAAUUCAUUACCGCUGUGUACAAGGUUUUUCUGGUGUUUAGAGGCUAUUAAACUCUGUUAGGCCGAUGUCAAACUGACCCAAGUGAUCAGUCAAACACGCCAUUAAAACCGUCUGUAACCAAUUGGAUAUGGCUAGGCAGGGAUUUAUGGUCCAGAAUCCGUGUCUAAUUAGUUGAUUGCUUUCAUUGCCUUUUUGAUGGAUCACUUCCUUUCAUGAGUCUCACCCAUCAAAUGAACACCAUAUAGUAUGGUUCACAUAUUAUACUGUCGGGAGUGAAACCUCCUGUAACAGAUUUAAUAUUUCCUCUCAGCACCUCUACCGGAGAGCUCACUGGAAGAUAACCAGUCAUAUUCCCUUGACUUGUCAUUUCCUUUUUCCUUAGCGGUACAUAACACUCCACAAAAGAGGUUAUAGUGUUUCCAUUCAAGCCAGGAACUGAGGCCAGAGUGAAAGGUGACUCAGCGUACAGAGCUGCACUUUCUCUCCUGUUUAUCAGGGAAGGAGGAAAUUACCCCGUCAUGAAAACAGAGAAUUUAAAAAAGUGUUCACUGGUGGGUGAUUGACAAGGAUCCGUUAUAUAUGGCAUUCUCAAUAAUGCAAGUUGGACAUUAUGCCCUAUUUUAAAUGAUAUAUGAUAAAUGUUUUAAUAUUAGUACAUAUAUACUGUAUAUAUGUCAUGGAAAAGCUGCUAAAUGUCACAAAUGAAAAAAAGAAACACAUAAGCAGCAAACUUGUUUACUUGUUUACACAUUUUGCAGCAUCCCUGCUGAGUCUGCCUUCAGCUGUCUGUUUGUGGCCGGUAGCGAUCAAACAUCUUAAAUGUCACGGAUCAGCCGUGGAAAGUUCAUGAAAUUUGAUUUGCAAAAAUAUUCUAGAUAAAAAGACCUGCCUGCUUCUCAACUGA